AUGCUUCGGUUUCUUUCCAGGGCUCUUGCCUUCUUCCGGAGGAGGGUGGACUCGUCCGAGGCCGAGAGGGAGCAGCAUAUGAGGCUCUUGGAAGGUGGCACCAGGUUAAAAACUGUACAAGGAGUUGUGACGAAGAUCUGUAGUGAUUAUGGCUUGAUUGAUGAGUUGAUCUACUUCAGUAGUGAUGUUGUGACUAGCAAUGUCUCUCUGAAAGUUGGACAAGAAGUCAAUGUCAUUGUGGGAGAAGAUAAAACAUACGGAUUGAAAGCGAUCAAAUUUCUCUCCGUGGCUGUUUUAGGUUUCGAGCCUUACCAGGGGGACCGAGUAGAAGUUGAGUUUUGCACCCAGUCGGACAUGUUGAGCAGAAAGGCCCUCUCGGUGAAGCCUCUGAGACAUAAGCAUGUGCACGAGGUCUGCAUUACUAGCCUACAUGGAAGAAAUGGGGUGAUAGAUGAUAGCAUCUUUUUCACCUUGGAAUCUCUGAAGCUGCCUGAUGGUUACACACCUCAGAUAUCUGACAUUGUUAACGCUGUCGUGGUGGAGAGCAGUCAGUCCUGCUACACUUGGAGAGCGAUUUCUAUGACUCCAGUGAAGAGGCGAGACACAAAUGGAGCCCUCCACAUGGACACUGAAGCCAGUAACUUUGUGGUGGGGGGACGUUCGUCCAGUACGAUCGAUCGGCACAUGGUGGAGGCACUGUGUGGAGGCCUCUCUAACCUCCAAGGCGCCCACCCCACCGCGCCCCACCGCCUCUGCCCCAUGAGCACGGCCCUCAGUGGGUUUACGGUCAGAGUGGCCACCGCGCGUGUCACUGCCCGGGACCGGCCUCCGCCGAGGGCCAGGCCCCCAGGGAGAUGCGCGGUAGGCGGUGCCGGCCGCUCUGGGGCGUCCCGAGAGCCCCCUGCUGCGCCGGGUCGGGGACCCUGCGCUCACGUGUGCGCCCGCGCUGCCCGGCACCCCAAGGUACAUUGCCACAGCCCUCUGCGCCGCGCUUCCCGUCGCUCGAGGGGAUGGCAGUGGGACUCGUCCCGAGCGUCGCGGCCCGUCGCGCCUCCGUAG